AUGAAUCUGUCCCGCUCCACAGAGAUUCUAGUAAGGGUGAAGUCUUGGGCAGAUGCCUUCAGUGGGGAGCUGUACUCUAUUGUGACUAAGUAUUCAGGCUCUCUCCUGUUGCAGAAGAAGUACAAAGAUGUGGAGCCAACUCUGAAGAUCAAAGAGGUGGAUGGCCUGGAGCUGGUGAAGAAGUUCUCAGAGCAGAUGGAAAGCAUGCUCCGCAGGAAGGUCGAAGCUGUUGAGAGGUUGGUGGAAGCAGCAGAAGAAGCAGAUCUGAACCAUGAAUACAACUCCUCACUCGAGUUUGAUUACUACAACUCUCUCCUGAUUAAUGAGAAGGAUGAAAAUGACAAUUAUGUGGAGCUUGGAGAUGAAUUCAUUUUGGAGCCAAACGAGCAUUUCAAUAACCUACUAGUGAACACAACAUACAGUGAUAUCCAGCUCCCCACCAAUGUCUACAACAAAGACCCUGACAUCCUGAAUGGCGUUUACAUGUCAGAAGCCUUGAAUCCUAUUUUUGUGGACAAUUUUGAAAGGGAUCCCACGCUGACCUGGCAGUACUUUGGCAGCUCCACUGGGUUCUUCAGGCUCUACCCAGGAAUAAAGUGGUUACCAGAUGAGAAUGGAGUUAUCUCCUUUGACUGCAGGAAUCGUGGCUGGUACAUCCAAGCGGCCACCUCUCCCAAGGACAUUGUCAUUGUUGUGGACGUCAGUGGGAGCAUGAAGGGUCUACGGAUGACAAUUGCCAAACACACCAUCACCACCAUUUUAGAUACUCUGGGAGAAAAUGACUUUGUCAACAUCAUUGCAUACAAUGAUUAUGUUCAUUUUAUUGAACCCUGUUUUAAGGGUAUCCUGGUCCAAGCAGACAGAGAUAACAGAGAGCAUUUCAAGCAGCUGGUGGACGAACUGCAGGCAAAAGGAGUGGGGACUGUGAACAAGGCCUUGACAGAGUCUUUCAAAAUUCUGAGAGAGUUCAGAGAUGCCGGUCAAGGAGGCUUGUGUAACCAAGCUAUCAUGCUGAUCACAGACGGAGCCGUGGAGGAUUAUGAAGCUGUGUUUGAAAAAUACAACUGGCCAGAUCGGAAGGUCCGGGUUUUCACUUACCUCAUUGGACGGGAGGUCACUUUUGCCCCCAGUGUGAAAUGGAUAGCCUGCAACAACAAAGGCUACUACACUCAGAUCUCCACGCUGGCGGACGUCCAGGAGAAUGUAAUGGAGUACCUGCAUGUGCUCAGCCGUCCUAUGGUCAUCAACCACGACCAUGACAUUAUUUGGACUGAAGCCUACAUGGACAGUGCGCUCUUUGCAUCUCAGGCUCAAAGUCUGUUGCUCAUGACAACAGUGGCUAUGCCAGUCUUCAGCAAAAAGAACGAGACGAGAUCUCAUGGCAUCCUCCUGGGUGUGGUGGGCUCUGAUGUACCACUGAGGGAGUUGUUAAAGCUUGCUCCAAGGUAUAAGCUGGGUGUCCAUGGAUACGCCUUUCUGAACACCAACAACGGCUACAUCCUUUCACACCCAGACCUCCGUCCCUUGUAUAAAGAAGGAAAGAAACUGAAGCCUAAGCCAAACUACAACAGCGUAGAUCUCUCAGAAGUGGAAUGGGAAGACCAAGAUGAAAUACUGAGAACUGCCAUGAUCAACGGGGAAACAGGCUACCUCUCUAUGGAUGUGAAGGUUCCAGUGGAUAAAGGCAAACGAGUUCUCUUCCUCACCAAUGAUUAUUUCUUCACGGACAUCAGUGACACACCCUUCAGCCUGGGUGUUGUACUGUCCAGGGGACACGGGGAGUACAUUCUGCUGGGGAACACUUCAGUGGAAGAAGGCUUGCACGACCUGCUCCAGCCAGACUUGUCUUUAGCGAACGAAUGGAUUUACUGCAUCACCGACAUCGAUCCAGCCCACCGGAAGCUCAGCCAGCUGGAGGCUGUGAUCCGUUUCCUCACCGGAGAGGAACCUGACCUUGAAUGUGAUGAGGAGCUGGUCCAGGAAGUGCUGUUUGACGCAGUGGUCACUGCACCCAUGGAGGCCUACUGGACAGCACUAGCCCUCAAUAUGUCCUUGGAGUCUGAGGCAGGUGUUGAGAUGGCAUUUCUGGGCACUCGGGCUGGACUCAUGAGGAGUGCCCUAUACGUGGGCUCUGAGAAAAUUUCCAACAGGAAAUUCCUGACGGGGAAGGACAAGGAAAGCAUCUUCACCAUGGACCACUUCCCCCUGUGGUACCGCCGGGCAGCCGAGCACCCCCCGGGCAGCUUCGUCUACAGCGUUGCCUCGGAAGACGAUUCAGAGGGAGGUGGCCUACCGAAAGUGGUGACAGUGAGCACAGCUGUGGCUGUGGCUGUGGAUGGGAAGAUGGGCAUUGCUGCAGCGGUGGGUGUGCAGAUUAAGCUGGAGUUGCUCCAACGCAAGUUUUGGAUGGCCACGCAACAGUGCAGUGCCUUGGACGGUGCCUGUCCACUAAGCUGUCAGGAUGACAUUCUGAAUUGCUUCCUCAUUGAUAACAAUGGCUUUAUACUCAUUUCCAAAAGACCUGCAGAGACUGGAAAAUUUUUUGGUGCAGUGGAUGGCUCCGUAAUGACCCAGCUGCUAAACACGGGCAUGUUCAGGCGGGUGACCAUGUAUGAUUAUCAAGCCAUGUGCAAAGUACCCUACCACCACCACAGCGGUGCCCGGCCUCUGCUCAGCCCAAUUUAUGCCUUUCUAGCUGCAGUGAAAUGGCUGAUAAGUGAUUUCCUCAUCUUCCUUUUGGAGUUUAACAUGAGUAGCUUCUGGCACUCAGACAACUUGGCAGAUGCCAAGGCUGUCUUCCAUCACUCUCACAAGCACAAGAAGCACGAUACCUUGCAGCCCUGCGACACCGAGUACCCCGUCUUCGUGUACGAGCCGGCCAUCGAGGAGACCAACGGGCUGAUCGAGUGCGGAGACUGUCAAAAGAUGUUCGUGGCGCAGCGGGUCGCCAGCAGUAACCUCCUGCUCCUCGUCACAGACGCCGCCUGCGACUGCAGCGUCUUCCCACCCGUGCUGCUGGAUGCGAAGGAGGUGAAAUAUAUCCUUCACGCGCAGCGGGGACGCAUGGCUCCGCGGGCCCUUUCCUCUGCGUGUUAG